CAGUGUCUUCGAUUAUUACGAUGGGAUUUAUAUGCUUUGUUUAUGCUGGAUUUGUUUUCAUUCCAAUAUUAGGAGGUUUUGGUAUUUAUGAUUGUCUUGGAAGUUCAUUUAGCUGGGUAUCAAUCUGGUUUUUACUUGCUACUGCUUCCCCCAGCUGAAACACUAAAUCUGGUUUUGAAUGUAAUGUGCAAUUUUCUGUAGUAAUCAUGCUUUAUGAAAAUGAGUGUGCAAUGCUGAAGUGUUAUCUGUAUAACAAUAGAUAUUGCCAAAUAUUGAACUUUGACUUUGAGUCUGUAGAGUGUAAAAGGAACCAAGACUCAUCAGUGCAACUUUUUUAUACAUAUCACAGAUUCAACAUUAGUCUAGUUUAAUGUAUUGAUCAGUCUUCUUUGUUAAACAGGACGAGAAUCAUAUCUCAUUCAAUGUAUUGAUCACCCUUUAUAUGUCCAACGUGUUUCAAUGAUUGAAUUUCCAAAUGUUUUAUUCUAUGACUGGUUUUUUUGCUCACCAUCUAAUUGCAUAGCUCAUCUUGGUUGUGAUAUGUUCAUUUUAACUUACAUUUGACAGCAAUAUUCUCUCAUUGUUACUAGUUUAGGAAAUGAGUAAGAAAGGGAAAGAAAGUUUGAUAGAGGGAGAUGCACAAUUUAAAUGGGAUAUUCAAACCACCAAAAUAUUCCUAGAUAUGCUGUAUGAGUGGAGAAAGAAAAAUGCUGGUCAAAUGAAGUGGGAUAAGAUUGCUGAUGAAUUUAAGGUUGUAAGUGGUAAAAAUUGUACCAUGCAAAAAUUGAAAACGAAGCACGACAACAUGAAACAGAAUUGGCAGUUGUUCAAUAGACUGAUGACUGUUGAGACAGGUUUGGGGUUCAAUUUUGAGACUGGAAAGGUUGAGGCCACUGAAGAUUGGUGUGCAGCUAGAAUUCAGGAGAAUAUCAACUUUAAGAAGUUUAAGAAUGGAGGCUUUCAACUCCGUGGGGAGCAAGACAAGCUUUGGGGGGGUAGCUCUGCCAAUGGUGAGAACUGUGUAUCUCCACAUAUCGUAUUAGACAAUGACUUCAUACAGUCAUUUGGAGCUGAUUGUUACACUCCAAGUCCAGUAGACUCAAGCUAUGAUAGGUUUGUUGAUGAGUUCUCCACUGGUUCAUCACCAGUGAAGGCUAGCACAUCCACCCCUGGAUCUACUAAUACUGGGGGAAGCAGGAAGAGGAAGAGAAUGACACAAGAUACCAUAGAUCCUAAGUUUGACAAGUUGUGCCAGCAAUUGCAAAUGGUUUCUGAGAAGCAAUUUUCUUAUUUAUCUACAAAACAAGAAUAUUAUGAUGUGAAGAAAGAAGUUGCAAAGAAAGUUGAAAAUGUGCAUCCUAUCCCAGUUGUGCAACCUGUCCAGCCAUUGAUGCCCGUGGAUCCUUCAUAUGAUGCCUCUAUUAAGGCCUUGGUUGAUAUGAACAUAACUGCUGAAAAUCCAGCACUAUUUUACUUUGCUGUCCAGCUGUUUAAUACCAACAGUCAGAGACAACUUUUCCUUGCAUUACCAGAGAGCGCACGACUUGGUUAUAUUGAGCUACUAUUCAAGCAGCAUGAUGGAAAAGCUCCAAUUGGAUGA